GCUUUGAAGACUGCCGAGGAACACACGAUUUGAAUCAUUUAAGCAUUAAAAUAGUAAUACCCAUGGAAGAGCCACAAGACUUACCCGAACAACCAGUGAAAAAAGCCAAGAUGCAGGAAUCCAGAGAACAAAGCUUGAGUCAUGUGAGCAACGCAGAAGUCAGCGAUCAGAAACCUGAAUCUUCAAGCCUUGCUUCAAACCUUCCCAUGUCCAGUGAGAUUAUGACAUGCACUGAUUAUAUCCCAAGGUCAUCAAAUGAUUAUACCUCACAAAUGUAUUCUGCAAAGCCAUAUGCACAUAUCCUUUCUGUACCUGUAUCGGAAACAAUGAGCCCUUACCCUGGUCAGACUCAGUACCAAGCACUACAGCAGUCUCAGCCCUACACCAUCUACCCCCAGACCACCCAAACCUACGGACUACCUCCUUUCGGUGCACUGUGGCCAGGUAUGAAACCUGAAAGUGGUUUAAUUCAGACUCCAUCUACAAGUCAGCACAGUGUUCUUACCUGCACUACAGGGUUAACCACAAGCCAGCCCAGCCCAGCACAUUAUUCUUAUUCCAUUGAAGCAUCAACUACCAAUGCCAGUCCAGUCUCUACAUCCUCAACUGUUGUCAAUAUUUCCACAUCAGCAGUAGCCAGCAUCUCACAGGAAUAUCCUACGUACACGAUCCUUGGCCAAAGUCAGUACCAGACGUGUUACCCGAGUUCUGGCUUUGGAGUUGUAACACCAGCAGACAGCAACACGGAGAGUACUGCAUUAGCAACAACUACGUAUCCAACCGAAAAACCAAACGCCAUGGUGGCUACGCGGCCGGUGCAGAGACAUUCCUCCGGAGAUGCAUCCACAAGUCCUUCAUUAUCAAGAGCAACAGCGAGUAAAGAGUUAGAUGAGCAGGCAAGAAAAAAUAUCCCUGGGAAGAACAGGGGGAAGAGGAAAGCAGAUACCUCCUCCUCACAGGACAGUGAACUGGAGCGAGUGUUUCUCUGGGACCUGGAUGAGACCAUCAUAAUCUUCCAUUCACUUCUCACAGGGUCUUAUGCUCAAAAAUAUGGCAAGGAUCCAACUCUAGUGAUUGGCUCAGGUCUGUCAAUGGAGGAGAUGAUUUUUGAAGUAGCUGAUACUCACUUGUUUUUCAAUGACUUGGAGGAGUGUGACCAGGUACACAUAGAAGAUGUGGCAUCUGAUGACAAUGGCCAAGAUUUAAGCAACUACAAUUUCUCCACGGAUGGCUUCAGUGGCUCAGGAAGUAAUGCAAAUCACAGCUCAUCGGUUGGUGUCCAGGGUGGAGUGGACUGGAUGAGAAAACUGGCCUUCCGCUACCGCAGGGUACGAGAGAUCUACGACAAAUACAAAACUAACGUUGGAGGCCUCCUUAGCCCACAGAAGAGGGAAGCUCUGCAGCGACUAAGGACCGAUAUAGAAGUGCUAACGGAUUCCUGGCUGGAAACUGCAUUAAAGUCCCUGCUACUCAUACAGUCCAGAAAAAACUGUGUGAACAUCCUGAUCACAACAACCCAACUGGUGCCAGCUCUUGCCAAAGUUCUCCUGUAUGGAUUGGGCGAGGUGUUUCCCAUCGAAAAUAUUUAUAGUGCUACAAAAAUAGGUAAAGAGAGCUGUUUUGAGAGGAUUGUGUCACGAUUUGGAAAGAAAGUCACCUAUGUGGUAAUUGGAGAUGGGCGUGAUGAAGAGGUUGCGGCUAAGCAGCACAACAUGCCUUUCUGGAGGAUCACAAAUCAUGCAGAUCUCGUGUCCCUUCACCAAGCCCUCGAGUUAGACUUCCUGUAAGAAGUUGGAGCAAAGGCGUGACUGCAGCUCCUGCAAGCUCUCUCCAUCGCUGGGGAGGAAGAAAUCUCAUACAUUUGGGAACCCACUUUUCAGCUUGAUGAAGAAAACAUACCUAAUGCAAACUGUACAGUAAAACAUGACACCAGGUUAUUUCCUCAGGAGUACAGGCCCUGCCAAGUACAAAGGUGUCAUAUAAAGAAGCACUAGACUCAGCAGAGCUAGAGCUUGUCUGAAGAAGAGACUUACAGAAGCCAGCUGAAUUCCUCUAGCAGGUAGUCUCCAGAGGGAGAGGGUGAUACAACAGCAGAAGUAUUUGUAAGAGCCUUCUCCUUUCGAUUCAGCUUAGUUGUAGAACCCAAGUAAACACAAAACCUUAUUUUUAUAGAAAAAUACUGAUGGCAGAGCUGAACCUCCCUUGUUUCGCAAAGCCGAAAAGAGCUAUGUUUUUUUUCCACGGGAAAUAUUAAUGAAAAUGUCAAAAAUACCUCUAUUGCUGUGAAAUGUGUCCUCUCUCCUUCCCUGGGUGUUCAAAGCAGUUAAUUUAUUACAAUGUCCUUAUGUUAUUUCCUCAACAUGGGAUUACUGGAAAAUAGAAAGAUAGGGGAAUGUUUCUGGGGUACGUGGUUCCUUGUAGAGGUGUUGGUGUUCUGAGUUGAUCCCGGUGGCUUCUAGUCAAUGUGCGCACAAGCCCUCUUAACAAGCAGGAGAUCAUUGGAUUCCAGCUAUCCAUGACCCACACCAUAGAUCCCACAGAUUUCCCUGUAAAGGAAAACAGAACUGCCUAUGAACAGUAGAUACAGCACAACACUAUUGCAGACUGCUCAGAUGUGAACAGAGUCCUCGUCUGGACUAGGAAUAAUUUGAGAGAACUAAAUCCUCAUGAAUGUUACAAAGAAGGGUAUGGUUAUUAACCUUCACCUCUGCUUUCCUGACUCCAUUUGUGAAAGUAAGUUCCUUUUAGUAGAAUCAGAUUCAAUUUUCUUGUAUUCUUCUUUGCAUUAGCCUAACUACAUCGUUAGAAACAAAACCCUUGUUAAGAGGGACUUAAUUUUCUAAGACACUGUGACUUGGCAGCCUGGAGCACGCUGGCCUUGGGAGUGAUGGUUACGCUGAUUUUUCUGCUACCAUCCCAGAAAAAAAGGCUGGAGUCAGUGACCUGCAGUACCACUAGCCAGAAAUAGCCAGCUGGAGACUGGGGGCUGGCACAGGGCGCUGGUUUUGUGCCAAGUCAGCCUGUGUUCAGUGGUAUCUGCCUCCUCCCUGUACCCCGAUGGCACCAAAUCAGCAGGUGCCUGGGGUUUCUGCAGAGAGGACAGAUGUCUGCUGUGCCCCAUCGCACGCCUCUGCUGCUCCUGCUGAGCCAAACACCACAGCUGCACCCAAACCCCUCCAGAUCUCUGGUCUCCAGCCCAGCAUCACCCGUCUGGGACCCGUGGGGGGCUGGUCUGAAAGCAUGUCACUUCAGGGAGGACACUGACCCACUCAGGCUGUGCCCACAGGAGCAGGUGAUGUGUUUGCUGCAGUCCUUUCAUGGCAUUAAUUAAUGAGGAAUGAUUUCCAUCAGUGCUGGGGGAGUUGCUGGGCCAGCUCAGCACAUGCUCUGCUCUGCCCCAGGAGUGUCUGUUCCUAGGCCAGCUCCGGUCACCACCACGGAGAAGGUGCGUAGAGCAAGGGGUUUGGGUCCCCAGAGCUAAGGGACUGGACACAGAGGUCUCUGUUUCACAUGUUCCUAGCUCCAGUUUUGCUUUUUUAAAAAAAAACUUAAAAUCAGAGGAGAUUCUCUUUCUCCAAGGUUGUCACAGGAGUUGGGAGCAGUCUGCUUUCCAUCCAGCUCCUUGCUAGUUGUUGGCCUUGUGCUCUGAUCUCAGGCGGAUGCUCCGGGUCAUAUUUCCCCAGGAACUCUCUGCUUCAGGAGCAUGCCAUCUGUGUAGAAGCUGCUGUCUGUGAGCACCAUGGCCUCUCGCCCCAUUAGAAAAAUCUGAGGAGCCAAUUUCUGCUGUGGGUGUUCCUGAACAGCUCAGUGGAGGGGAUGUCUUCUGGCUGCACUGACAGCUGCUGCUCUGCUCACAGCUGCUGGCCCAGCAGAGCCCCUGGAGCAAGCUGGGGACGUGCUGGGUAGUGCUCAGCAGCAGAGGUUGAAGAGAAGCAGGAGCAGGAGCCCAUGGUGGAUGUUCUCCCAUCUGCCGUGUACACAAGAUGGUGAGCUCAGGUGUGUUACCAGGUGUUCCCACGCAGCUGGGGCAGCCCGUGUAGAUGUGUGCUGGUGUUUCACAGCAGCGGGGGCCCGUGCAGAUCAGGGAGAGAUGCCACAGGGCUACAGCUCCAUUACUGCGGGGUCCAUAAAGGGUCCAGUUCAUCUGGGGUCCCUGUGUUGUUACUGCAUCAGCCAGAGCAGAUCUGGUAGGAAGUGAGCCGUGCCCAGAACCAGCCCCAUUGCUCCCAGGGUCUGAAAUGUUACCAGAAGAUCAGGACUUAUUCGCAGUCACAGAAGAUUCUGUGCUGGAUCCUGAACAUCUCUCUGCGGGUCCCCAGCCCAUCCAAAGGUCUCCUGUAAGCGGGCCUGGGAGAUGUCCCAGCCUGUGAAACAGCCUGUUCGGAGCACGUCUUGUACUCUGGCUGGCUGAGCUUUGGGAUUAAAACCUGUGCCUUAACCUCCCACCAUCCGGCGUGGCUGAGCAGCCCCUCUGCUUCACUAACGUCCAAAGCAGCUCGCAGGAGAGCUGUGCUGGCCCACGCUGGGAGGUGGGAUGUGUUUUGCCCAGGCACUCCCAGCAAGUGCUGGACCCAAGGUACCGAGCAGCCUGGCAGCUGGCUGGCUUUGCUUUGUGUUUGUUUACUUUAAAAUGUUUUAAGGAAAUUUUAAGAUGUCGGCAAAAUUUUAGCUGAGUGUGGAACUCUCGCAGCCAGUGACGGUUCAUACUGAUAUUUAUACGAUGUUUCCUUGAAUGUAUGUAAAGUACUUUUAUAAUAGGAGGUUGAUGGUACAUUUCUGUGUUUAUGUUUAAUAAAGGUUGACUUGGCUAUUUUA